AUGGGUAACUCCUCCAGAGCGACGUCGUCGUUCGAUGAACAAUCAAUUCACGGCGAUGUACUGGAGGCCAUCCUCUCCUACGUCCCACUAGUACACUUACUUCCGGCGUCUGGUGUGUCAAAGUCGUGGACCGCCGCCGUAUCAUCGGCCCUUCGCACAUCCACCAACACCAAACCAUGGCUAAUCAUCCACACACAGAGCUCUAGGCACCCGUUCUCCACAACCAGUCACGCCUACGAUCCGGAGUCAAACAUGUGGAUCGAGAUCCGACAACCGGCGAUCGGUUACGUAUCUACACUUCGAUCAUCUCACUCGAAUCUUCUCUACAUGUUGUCGCCGUCGAAGCUCUCGUUGUCUUUUGAUCCGCUUCACCUGACUUGGCACCACGCGGUGGCGCCGAAAGUCUCGCGGAUAGAUCCUGUUGUAGCCGUUGUAGGCAGCCACGUUGUGAUUGCAGGCGGUGCCUACGACUUUGAGGACGAUCCUCUCGCCGUUGAGGUUUAUGAUCUCGAGUCACAGCAAUGGACUAAAUCGGAUCCAAUGCCCGAGUUUUUCAACGGAUCCGCCGCGUCAUUGUGGCUCUCGGUUGCUUCCGGUGAUCCUCAUAUCUUCGUCAUGGAGAAAACUUCCGGUGUAACGUACUCGUUCAAUCCCAAUAACAAUACGUGGUCUGGACCGUACGAUCUGCGUCCCGAUCACCGCGUUUUUUACUCGGUUAUCGGAUUCUCCAACGACCGAUUGAUUGUCAUCGGGAUGUUGGGUGAUGCUGAGGAUGUUGACGGAGUGAAGUUCUGGGAAGUGAACUGCGAGUCAUUCGAAUUCGAUGAAAUUGGGGAGAUGCCGGCGAAUCUCCUCGAGAAUUUGAAGAGCCACGAUUCGCAAAUUUCCUCCAUCGACGUCUCUAUGGUGAGUAACGCGGCGUAUGUAUACAUCUCCUCGCGAGCUGAAGAGAUAUUCAUGUGUGAGUUCAUCGACGGCGGGGGAUGUAGGUGGCGCAGCGUGGCGAAUACGUCUGCGAAUGGCCGGAGUAUAAUGGAUAAAUUAGUUUUUACGUGCUCGAAGAUAGGGAUUGAGGAGCUGCAACGAGCAACGAGGUCAGAGAAUCGGAAGUUCGUCUUGAAACGGUGA